ACUAUCUAUCACAGAAGUCAUUGUCACGUCAAUUCGGUUACUGUGCAACUGGCCAGAUAUUUGUAUAUAUUUUUGAUAUUCAUUCAAUUCUCCAUCGCAUAUUACUUUAAAAAGUUGCUUCAGAACGACCUGCCCAUGUAGUUAUGGCUUAUACAGAGAAGGUGUUGUUAAGUAGCACUGCGUUAUCGUUUUUGUUUUACGAGUGUGUAAACUCUGCGAACAGUCAGGAGGGAUUCCUUCUCGGCGAUGUGACUACAGAAGUUACUAAUCACAUAUCCGAUUCACAUAAUGAUAACACCCGUUUAGACACCCAAAUUGAAGUCAGAACAGUGCUACCGUUACCUUCGGUAUCUCUUUUCUAUUUACCUACAGGAAGAAUAAAGGAAGAUGUACUUUCUGACUUGCUCUCUAGCACUGCCAAUGAUAUUGUAGGUUGGUACAAAUACCGAAAGAAUACCAGCAUCAAACCAACCUUUAGAGACAAACUAAUAUCUAAAGGAUUACAAAAAUAUUUUGAAAGGUUUCAUGGGAAGAAACACUUUGUAACAUGUAAUUUAUCGAGCAAGAUCUCAUCAUCUGGAUCUACACAGACUUUUAUGUACAGGUUUGGAAAGAUCAAUAGUUUUGACAUGUAUGAAUACAUUGAAGACAUAACGGCAAACUUAGGUGAGAAGUUUACUGGCUACAAAAGAUCACAUAGAAUUUCUCCACAUAGCAUUUUUAAUAAGAUUGUUAGAGAGAGCAAUGUGCAAAGUAACAAUACCAGUGAUGCAAUUCUGCGUAUACAAGAAGCUGUAGAUGUGAGACUGCUGAAGGAGGCUAGGAUUGCGGCCAAAAAUGAGUGUACAAUCAGAGAAUUAGAAGCUGAAAUCAAGCAAAUGUCUACCAUCUUGUCUGACAAACACUCAGCUGAUUUACAGCUAUCAUACAACAAGUAUGUUGAAGAGAAGUUAUUGAACAGAGAGGCUGAGAUGGCCCAGGCUUGUUUAGAAGCAAUGAGGACUCCUCUAAAAGUGGACAUUUUGAAUGCUACAAAUGCUCCCUUGAAUAAUAAACAUUUAGAUAAUGACAGCCCUGGUAUGUUGGUGAAAAAUGACAUCACAAAAAAUAGUCAAAGUCCUCCCCUUGUGGCAACUGGCCCAACCAAACAAGUUUUGAAUUAUGCUGCUGCAUUAAAAAAUAAGAAUGAGGUGGCAUCUACUAGUAGAGGGGACAUCUUCACUGAAGAUUUGAUUACCUUUGAUGUAGAUGAAAAUCACACAAAAAAGACUUUGAUAGUGAAUGAGGACAAGUGUGAUGACAGUUCACCUGAAUACUGACAAGUGCCUUUACAGCUAAGUGUUUAGAUAUUAAUUAUGUUACCAGAUAAGUAAAACUGUCAACUGUAAUAUUGUUUUGUUUGUUUCUAAUAAUACUCAUUAUAUAAAUAAUACUAUUAUCUUUUCUAAUACAAUAAUUUUCAACACACAUUGCUUGUUUGUAUACAACUUCACUUAAUACAGUAUGUUACAAUUAUUCUAUUGUUUUUAAAGAAUAUAAUUUAUGAGCAUUUUCUCAGCUGGACAGUUUUACAGAGCUGAACUUCUAAUACAUUAAAAGUUUUGCUGCUAACCUCUAACAACUUAAUAUUAUGUAAAAGAAACAACCAUCAUAUGAUGAGAGACUCUUGAUCUGUCCAGUUAAGGCAAGGCAUUAAUACUACUUAGUUUUAAGUUUUAUUAUAUUACCUAUGUUUAAUACUUGAAUGUGAAUUGUGUAUGAAUUUCAAAAAUCUUAACUAACUUUUAUAUCAGCAUUAAAAAGCUCAUUAGUUGUACUUCAAACAUAUUGUCUUUCCUGUUUUGCCAAUUGCCUGAAUACUUAAUAAUAGUUUAACUUAUUGUAAAUAGAAAAGUUAAGCAAUUUUAUUUCUUAUCAGUCUUGUUAGAUGUUGUAAAGUCCAUAUUGUUAUAUAAAUACUUGAAAUAUAACUUAAAUCCAUAUAUUUCUUAAAAGAAACCUACUAGUUUGAUGUAAGCCAAUAAACCAAUCAUUAUAUUAUUAUAAAAUUGUUUGUUUAUUAAAUUCCUUCCUUACUGUAUAUACUGAAUGUGGAUACAUUAAAAAA